AUGGAAAACAAGCAGAAGCUCCAACAUGUGAAUCAAUGGCGAACUUGCCGGCUCGAGAAACGCGGCCGAGUCUACGUCCUAACCCUAACCGGGAAAGACGACCAUCGCUUCAACCCAUCUUCCAUCGACGACAUCGCCGCUGCCCUCAAGACGAUCGAGCAGUCCCCGGACGCCGGCGCCCUCGUAACCACCAACGAAGGGAGGUUCUUCUCUAAUGGCCUGGACCUCAAAUGGAUAAAAGAUAAUCUUUCCUCUUCUGGCCUCACUAUCAUCCAAGACAAAUUCGAAGGUCUCCUCUGCCUGAUGAUGAAACUCGGCAUCCCAACAGUGGCCGCCAUAUGCGGGCACGCCGCGGCCGGGGGAUUCAUGCUGGCACUGGCUCACGAUUACAGGUUCAUGAAGGAUGGAAAAGAAGUGCUCUACAUGAGCGAAUUGGAUCAUGGGAUGUUCAUGCCCAGGAGUCUGAUGGCAGUUAUAAAAAGCAAGAUUGUGAUGGCUAAUACUCUGAUAGACGUGGUGUUGAAGGCCAAGAAGUUCAGGGCUUCUGAGGGUUUUGAUUCUGGGUUUGUGAAUGGGGUUUAUGAGGAUUCUGCAAAGACACUUGAGGCUGCAAUUCUUGAAGCUGAGAAGCUAGCGAGUCGGAAUUGGAAGAGAGACAGUUAUGCUAAUUUGAGGGCUGCAAGUUUUCCGGGUGUAGUUGAAGAAUUGGAAGCUCAUAGGGAUCCUUAUGUCUGGCGCCUGGGUUCGAGGAUGUAA